AUGGCGUCUCAAGAAGACAUUACGCCGGGGAGUCAGCCAGUGCAGGUUGUCAUCGCUCAAAAGGCAAUCGUCAAGGCAAACGCUCGCAAAGGGAUCAAACGAAAGAUGAACCGCAACAGAGCAGUCACAUCUACGGGCACAGCGAAUGGCCCCCAAACACAAGUCACUGUGAAAACAAAUAAGAAAAAGACGAAAAAGCAAAAGAAGGCGGAGAAAGAGGCUGCAGAGGCGUCCAGUGCGCAACCAGCUAUAACUCAGGUCACACAGCCCGAAGAGACCGCAGAAAUCACAGAGAUCACAGCGGCUACAGCAGCCACAGAGAUCACCGAAUCUACCACAGAAACGGAUCUCCUCGUUCGUGAUGAAAUUACCGCCCCCAGUGCCGCCUCCGGAGGCGUCCCGGAGCCCACGGCCUCCUACCUCCGCUGCGCGAACCUGGCCCCUUCACGCCUCUCCUCCCCACGUCGCAUCCUCAUCGUCAUGGACCUCAACGGCACGCUCCUCCACCGCCCCAACAAGCGCCGGCCCUCGCACUUCACCGCGCGCCCCCACGCCCGCAUCUUCAUGGACUACCUGCUCUCCACCUUCUCCGUCGCCGUGUGGUCGUCUGCGCGGCCGCACAAUGUCCAGGCCAUGGUCGCCAGCCUUUUGACACCCGCGCAGCGCCAGCGAUGCCUGGUAGUCUGGGGCCGCGAGCGCAUGGGCCUGUCGUCCGCCGACUACGACGCCCGCGUGCAAUGCUACAAGCGGCUUGCGCGCGUCUGGGGCGACCGCGCCGUCAUGGCCGCGCACCCGGACGCGCGGGGCGGCGGCCGCGGCGGCCGCUGGGAUCAGAGCAACACGGUGCUCGUCGACGACUCGGCGGAAAAGGCGCGCAGCGAGCCGCACAACUUGCUGUGCAUCCCAGAGUACCUGGGGCCGGAGGCGGAGAGCCCGCACGUGCUGCCACAGGUGCACGACUACAUCAACGAGCUGGCGUGGCAGGCUGACAUCAGCCAGUACAUACGAGAGAAUCCGUUCAAGCUCGAUGCGAACUACACGCUGUAA